GCGCGGAGGAUACGCGGCUACGUACAAUUUGUCAGCUGCCGUUGAGCCACGCCAGCUGCGCUUAUUCGUCAAAAAUUUAUUCCCUCUAUCAUUCGAAUAACCUGUUCAACUUCAAAAACAAUACUGUUUUCAAAGUUAAUCAAUUGUUUAGCUCGUGUUCGAAAAAAGUAAAUACAAAUGACGGCCAACAAAAACUCAAAGUUGUUGUUAUGCGCUGCCGGCAUAUUUGUUUGUUAUUUUUAUUUUGCUCUUCUACAAGAAAAAAUAACAAGAGGACAGUAUGGAGAUGGUGAUCAAAAGGAGAAAUUCACUUACAUGUUCGCCCUUGUGUUCUUCCAGUGUCUCGUUAAUUAUGUGUUCGCAAAAACCGUUUUAUAUGCCACGAUUAAAGAAGGCGAAGAUACGACGCGUACCAUUUAUUAUGCUACUUCCUCACUCACGUAUUUCUUAGCAAUGGUUUGCAGUAGUAUGGCACUCCAAUUUGUCAGCUACCCUACCCAAGUCGUCGGAAAAGCCGGAAAACCCAUACCUGUUAUGAUUCUUGGUGUUCUUCUAGGAAGGAAGGUUUACCCGAUGAAAAAAUAUUUGUUUGUACUCCUAAUUGUCAUCGGAGUGAUAGUUUUCAUGUACAAAGAUGGCAAAUCAUCGGCGAAGCAGUCAGAUGGUCAAAUUGGAAUUGGUGAAUUCUUGUUGCUGCUGUCAUUGACGAUGGAUGGAUUAACGAGUGCUGUUCAGGAGAGAAUGCGAGGGGAGCACAAAACCAAAUCUGGUCACAUGAUGGUGAACAUGAAUUUGUGGUCGAUAAUCUUUAGCGGAGCAGUGAUUCUUGUGUCUGGAGAGCUCUUGGAAUUUGUACGAUUCCUGCAAAGGCAUCCGAACACUCUUUGGGACAUCAUGACUUUUUCCUUGGCGGGAGCAUUGGGCCAAUAUUUCAUAUUCCUAACCGUCGCUGAUUUCGGACCAUUGCCUUGCUCGAUCAUGACAACGACCAGAAAAUUCUUCACUGUCUUGGGUUCGGUGCUUUUGUUCGGCAACAAUUUACUUCCCAGACAAUGGAUUGGCACUAUCAUUGUAUUCACAGGAUUGCUGUUGGACGCUCUUUACGGCAAAGAUAAACCAGCGCUAAAGAAAGAACUGAUGAAGUGAAAAUAGACUAAAAACUAAUGAUACUCAGUCAAAUCUCAUAACGGAUGGCACACGCAACAACUGUACAUAACUUCCAAAUUAACUGACAUGGUACUGAAGUUUGCAACGCUACAGUGAAACUUUUUUUUGCGUUAAAAACUUUCAUUAGUUGGAACUGGCUCAGUUUAGUUAUUGACCAGAUUUGUGCAUUCACGUGGAAACUUUUAUUAUUCUCCAACUAUGCAGACUUCGUUUUAUUUGUACAUACAACGAUUUAUUUUUUUUUCUUCUGAUAAUUAUGAGAACUUUAAGCACAAUUAAGAUUUCAAAUAAUCAAUUUCGAUUAUUUAAUAUGCUUGGACUAAGUACAUUAUUAAUGUAUGAUAAGAUAAUUAUCAAAGAUUAGAAUUUCUGUAUAAAAAAAUUGGAUUAUCCAUCCAAGUGCUUCUUUCUAAUGUAAUGGUUGGUUUGAGGGAUGCUGCUGAAAUGAUUGCAGAUAGAAGAAAACUUCUCAGGAUCAAAGUUUUUGAGGACGAAAUUUUCUUCAAAGAAGUUGUCGACACAAAUUUUCCUAUUCUCGGUAGAUCAGUCCUCCUCGAAGUGGUUCGAACGAAAGUCAAAGAAAAAUUGCAAUUUUCGACAACAGAGCGAUUCUGAUUUCGGGGCUCAUCUACUGAAGACAAAAAAGUCUGAUAACUUUUUUGCUGGAAAUUUCAUGCCCUACAAAAUCGGUCCUACAGUCUUUGCUCUAACUUGAAGUGUUCCGCUUCUAUUGACAAUGAAUAAAUAAUGGCCAUCCUGAAAUUUUAACAAGUGAAAACCUAUUGGAAGAAAAAUUGAUAAAAAUAACAUCACAAAUUUUUUACGCGAUCUCGAAUUCAGGUUAUUUUUCCUUUAAUCGAUAAUUUCUUUAUACUUUAGUUCUAAGCAACGUGUAACAUAUCUCGCGAUUGCAAAUCAAAUCAUUCCAUGCCUGAGAGGCUGAAAACGGAAAUUAGUGCAAAGUAUGGCAUAAUAGUGUGCAAUAUAAUGUUUUUGUAUAAAAAGUAUUGUACGAAAUGAAUUUUUUGAUAUUAAUUUAAUCAAGAAAAAAGUUUCGAAGAAGUUUUUCGUCCCGGAUCGUGGAUAAAAUAAUUGUUACCGUUUCUGUUUUUAAUUAGUUCGGAUUAAUGCGAAUCGAGAUAUUCCAUUCGAGUUUCAUUUUGAUACCUUGUUGCGCAGAGUCAUUCUGCAACCGGGAAUUUUUCGUUUUCGUCUCAUGUUCCUUACAACAAGGUAUAUUUACUUUUUAACGAUUGGCUCUUAAUGUCAUCCCAGGCAAGAGAACCGAUUAUUAGUUCCAUUACGUUUCAAACCUAUAAAAAGCGAGUGACUGUACGAUUUCGAGCUUCAUAGGCCAAGUUUACUUUGAACGGAAUAGACUUGUUUCCACGUUUUCCAAAAUCACUACUCGUUAUUUCUCGAUUAUAAAAAACUCUCGAAACGUACAAUCAUGUCGAUCCCAAUUGUUCUUGGAUUAUUAAUUUUGUGCCUUGCUGAUAUUGGUGUGAGUAUUCUCGCUUUUUAUUUUUUCAUUUCGAUCAGAAUAUCAGAAUUUUUUCUUUUUCCCUGGGGAACAAAAAAUAUUUCAAUUAUGAGACAAAUCAGUGAUAAAUUCAAUGACGUUUAGCCAAUUUCUAGACUAUUCAAAUGUGGACGCUUCAUAGUUGAUUUUUCUUGAAUAAAAUUACAAAAAACGAGUGAUUCCUCAUAAAAAGGUACAAAAAUAUUACCGAGUUACCUUGUAACUUUUCAUAUGAGAAAACCUGUCCUGGAUGACAGUCGAAUGUUACUUCGCUGAAAGCUGUAAGAUCUGAAGCAUUAAAAAAUACACAAAUUUUUCUCGAA